AUGGAAAAACAGAAUGACAAAAACACACCACCGAUCCGAUCAACUGAAAAACAGAAGCCAAUGAGUAGUAAUCCAGCCGCCAGGACGACAAGUGAUUCGUCGGUAGUCAUUGAAACUUAUCCCAACAAUUAUUAUGGAGAAGCUCGUGACUUCUUUUCAUCGAUUCUAGGAAUGGCUUUUAAG